CCAACAAAAAUUCAAACACUUGGGAACCCAAACUUGCUCAUCAUUCCUUUCCAAAAACAAAAAAAAAAAAAAAAAAAAAGCUUGGUCAUCAUCUCAAUGGCAGAGCUAGAGAACCCAACAGUGAUGACAAAGAUCAUAACUUUCCUCUCUUCUCUGGUUCAAAGAGUGGCGGAAUCGAACGACCUCAACAGUCAUUUCCAACCCCAGAAAAUCUCAGUCUUCCAUGGUCUGACUAGACCCACCAUUUCGAUACAGAGUUACCUAGAGAGGAUUUUCAAGUAUGCCAAUUGCAGCCCAUCUUGCUUAAUCGUGGCAUAUGUUUAUCUGGAUCGCUUUUCGCAGAGGCAACCCUCGUUGCCAAUCAACUCAUUCAACGUUCAUCGGUUGCUGAUUACAAGUGUCCUGGUGGCUGCAAAGUUCAUGGAUGACAUGUACUACAACAAUGCAUAUUAUGCAAAAGUUGGAGGAAUAAGCACAAUAGAGAUGAACUUUCUUGAA